UAUCUAUACCUAUAUGCUCUUUCGUCAAAACUCGUGUGCGCCGUCUUCGCUGUCGCGCACGCCAUUGUCGUAUUUCUUAUUUUUCACUAUAUAUACAGCGUGUCGUCACCGAGGACACCGAGGUGACCGGCUUUUUUCUAUAACUUCUUGGCGAGCACCUACAGUUAUACAAUAAUACACAGGUACUCCGCAACUCUUGCGCUCUAGUGACAAACGGCCAGCGAGUAUUGUGGCAGCCAACAAGUGUAACAACGUCCUCGAGGACGAAGAAGAGAGUUCAGCAGAACGCCGAAGAUGCUGCGCUCGAAGAAGGACGUUGACCGCCACGUGCAGGACAUCUUCCGCAAACUCGAAGACGAGAACGAGAAAACCUUACGCUGUUUUAAAAUAGCAGAAUUGUAUUACAAUGUCAAUGAUUAUGAAUCUGCAAGGCGAUAUUUGUCAAGAUACAUUGAAAUUCGCAAAGAACCAAAAGCACACAAACUUAUGGGACAAAUUCUUGAGGCUUUGGGACAGAAGGAAGCGGCUCUCACACAGUACAAAUAUUCUUUUGAGCUCAAUGCUAAGCAGGAGGAUCUUAUUUUCAAAAUAUGUGAACUUCUAGCUGCACCGGAUGUAGGAAUUGAUGUUAACCAAGCCAAGUAUUGGGUAGAAAGGGCCGACAGUCUUUUUCCUAGAGAAAAAAUAGUUUUUCAAUUAAAGGAAAAAGUAUUGUCAAUUGAAAAACCUACUAAUAAUGAAGAAGACCUUGAAAAUCUAAUACUGGCCGAAUUAGCUGCUAGACCAACAGACGUCUUGCUGCGUGUAAAGCUUUUAAAGCAUUACAUCGAAAAAGGAAAGAUCAAAGAUGCAUACAAACAUGCCAGUGAUAUCGAAGGAAUAAGUCUUCAUAGGGACAGCUUGCCCUGGUAUCAGACCCUGUGCGAUUUAUUUCUUAGACUCAAAAGCACCAAACAGACGAGUUGGAAUUUUUGGAUACUCUACAUCUCGUCGUUGGAACGUUAUGCAGCACUGGCUCUAAAAGAGCAAGGUUGCUUUGUCAAAAAAACUUCUGAAGUUGUUCAAGCAGUUUAUAAUUUUGACCAACACUUGUUUGAAUCAAAGGCACAGAGUUUCACAAGUUAUCCUUCGCUGACAGAAAAAAUUUUCGAGCACAUGUGGGGCCAAUUGCACUUUCACAUAGCAUGCCUACUGCUAUUGAACACAAAAUAUGAUCAGGGUAGUUGGAACGAGGCUGGAAGACUAUGUGCGCCGUUGCUACUCACGGCUUUGCAUGUCAAACCCUUAGAUCUCACAUCCUCCUGGGCAGCACAUGUAGAUAAUCCGAUCAAAAAUUUGCUACAGUUUUACUAUCGGGAAGGAUCAUACCGGUGUAGUCAAGCUGGACAUAUUCUUCAAGAUUAUUCCAAAGGAAAUCUAAAGAAACUUAUGAGUGACAUAGAAAAGUUUUGCACUGGAUCUUGGAGGGAACGAGUGUAUCAGAGAAUUUUUGUAGGCAGGAUUUAUCAAAAAAUUCGAACAUCCUAUUUCACGAAUAGCAAUGUCUUGGCUUUUCCACUUCGGCUUGUUUCACAAAACGAACUACGUAAAUUUGAUGAAGUGGCCGAGGAAGUCUGGCCGUACUCGUUGCAUCAUCAGGUCUGGCCAGCCGUUAAGAGCCGAAACAGCAGCACACAUACGAUCAAGCACGAGGGACCACAACCAAACUUGUCAUCGCACUUGUUUUCGGAUUUACAAUUCAGCGUUUAUAAUAUCACUAACGCCUCGCCUAGUACUAUUUGUCAGUUGGACAUUGAUGCGUUCCUCAAUGCAGCUGCAUUAUGCGCUGGAGCAGUUGAUGAAGAGCAGCAGAGAAAUACUCUCCUACAUCCAGAUAGACUGCCAACCCUGCCAGCAGAUUUGACAAAUCCUCUGUGUAGCGAAGAACAAGAAAAAUGGUGGUCAUCUGCUAUGAAAGUCCAUCGCAAAGACACCGUAAAUAAUGUAGGUGAAAUCAGACAAACAUUACAACGAGGACUGGAAGUUGUACGUUGUAUAGGCAAUCAUGGCAUGCAUCCUAAUAUUUUAGUCCAUUUGGCUCGUGUGUUUCAUUACAGAGCAAAGCAAUUGAAAGAAAAAAGUAGUGAAAACAGUGAAAUUGCUGCCUUGGAAAGCCGUUCAGAACUGUACUGGUCGGCUGUUGUUCCUCUUCUUGAAAGACUGCAAAACAAUCAGACGAUAUGGAUGUCGAAUGUAAAACUUUUUGACUACACAGGAAAAAGUAUGAACAACAUGGAAUUAACACAUGCCAUUGAAGAAGGAAAAUUGUUGCUAGCUCAAAAACUUAUAAAAGACGAGCUGUACGAGCAAGCUAUCGAGGCUUUACAAGUAUUAAAAUGUCCAGAGGCAUCCUUCGAACAGGGAAAAAUUUAUAAGAUAAUGGCUGACCGUUCAUUGGACUCGAUGUCGAAAGAAAGCAUAACAUCAGAAAUGAGAUCCCAACACAUAAUUAUGUUGACAAAAGCACGUAACUGUUUCUACUUAACUUUGGAUCGAUUGCGAAGUCCUAAAGCUGACCCUAAGCAUCCUCUAAACGCUGAACUCUACAUUCACAUUAACUCAAUUGAAAAUGAACUGAAAGCCAUCGACCCAGAUAAAUUGUACAGUGAUGAGGAGAGCUACUCAUCGGCUCACAGCGAGGAGCGUCAAAUAGUUAAUAAUUCCAUACAGACGCUUAACAACAACAACACCAACAACACAUUACUGCACACACCGACUAAACACCAUCACAGAACGCCUAAGCAAUCCAGUACUCCUCGCUGCCAUCAAAUCCAGGACUACUCGGACACGUCGCGAAACUGUGUCGAAGCACGGCCUAGUCCUGAGCGACUGGACGCACAAAUCCGACAGCUCGUUCACUCCGUUGAGUCUCUUAAAGAGCAGAACCGCGAUCAGCACAGAGCCAUGAUAUCGAAGCUCGACGAAUUAAUAAAAAUCAGUGCGCGGAACUGCACCAAGGAAGCGCCGAAAACGCGUCCUCCUCCGAAGAACGUGACCUCGACUAUCGAAGACGAGCUGUAUGGCUACGGCGAAGACGACUACAACUUCAACACCACACCCGUGCCAAGUGCCUCAACUCUGGGUAAUCGUGUACUCGCGACACCACGCCACUUUUACUCGCCGAUGGUCUAUCCGCCCGUCAAUCACACCGGUCUGCAGAACUUCUUCCAAAGUCCUCUACCUUUUGCUGAUCCAGCCGCUAGUAUGUACGCGGCCAAUGCGGCAGCACUCGCGGCCGCAGCCGCGUCUGCGACUGGCUACCCUAUGUCCCCAAUGUACCGCACCGGUCACGAGCAACUCCCCAUUGCGUCUAUGCAGCAGAUGACCGAGAACUUGCAGCAGGGCUUAUUUUCCCAUCGGCCGAACGAGUACGCUCAGUCGCAGCAGUUGCAACAGCUACAGCAGCCAUUUGGACUGCAUUUGAACGAGCCUGCCAAAAGUGAGCCAAGAAUGGGAUAUACGGCAAUGAACGAGCCAAGCUUGCCAGAAAUUUCGACACUGAAUCUUAAGGAUACUUCGGUCUCAGCACCAGCCUUGACAACUUCAUCCGCAAUACCAGCGUCCGGACCGCGUGGAGGACUUCCAGUGAACGUUGUUAUCACCACCUCGGACACUCUGCCCACGACGACCCCGUCGUCUCAGCCACCCAUGAGUGUCACCAUUCCUGCUCAUCACAGACUUGGGGUGACACCGAGUCAAGACGUGCCGCACAGCUAUCAGAUAUCGAUGCCGCCGCAACCCACGAUACUCACGACCGUCAACCUGCCACCGCUCUCGACGACGCUCACCAUGACCUCGCCGAUGACUAAAACAAACGUGACUGACAACCAAAACACGAGCAUCGUAUCCACAGGUUCUAGACACAGUACCUCGGACGUCACCGAAGUCGAGCACGAUCCGAUUCCCGACUUUGCUCCAAUCAUCCCACUUCCGGAUGAAGUACCCGUAACGACGGGCGAAGAGAACGAGACGACUCUGUUUUGCGCUCGGGCCAAGCUCUUCCGUUUCGUAGAUAAGGAAUGGAAGGAACGCGGCAUAGGCGACGUCAAACUGCUCAAGAGCGAGGACGGUCGGGUGCGUCUGCUCAUGCGUCGCGAGCAGGUUCACAAGAUUUGCGCGAAUCACAUGUUGCACAAGGAUAUGGAGCUUACGCAGAUGCCGAAAAAUGAAAAAGCGUACGUAUGGGUUGCCAAUGACUUUGCCGACGAAGAGGUCAGACUAGAAAAGCUGUGCAUAAAAUUCAAGACGGCUGAGGAAGCUGCUAGCUUCAAAGAGACCUUCGAUAAGGUCAUAGUGAACCUACCCGAUGCGACCGCGGAAGAAAUUAAGGUCAAAACUACGACCGAGGAGACAAAGACUGAAAAACCAAAAGCAACCGCUGCCACGAAGACCGAUGCGACAGUCGAGAAGUUCGGUGGUUUUACAUUCACUUCGUCGCCCGUGGUACAAAAACCAGUCGAAGAAGUUAAACAAGCACCAGCUAAGCCGAGUCCUUUUGCUUCCUUCUCGUUUGGAAAGACUUCGGAGGUCGCCAAGACAUCUAACUUUACGUUCGGCAGUUCGACCACGACCGCCAGCAGUGCGUCUUCAUCGAAUUUACCGAGCCAAGGGUCCGCGAAAAGUACUUUUGAACCAACCAAACUAGCUGAAACGAGUAAAGUAAAUGACAAAGAAGCCGGCGAGAUUGUCGUGUUGGAACAGCAUGCUGAGCUGAUGUACUUCCCCAGUAACACGAAAAUUUGGAACGUCAAGGGCAAAGGUGUGGUAAAAGUCUUUUUGGAAAGUUCGAGUAGAAGAGUCCGACUGAUUUUUAAUACAGACGACAACUCCAAAACGGUUCUCAAUGAAGUGAUACCAGAGACGAUUAUUUUCAGUGUGAAAGCCGAUCAGGUGAUUUGGUCGAUGGAAACCAAAGCCAUAUCGAACUCUUACUUGCUCAAAUUCAAAAAUCAUGAGCAAGCAUCGUCAUUCCGGGCUACUAUGCAAGAUCAGAAAGGACAGUCUAAAGUCAAACCAGCGAAUGAACAAAAGCCCCUGUCAGCUGCACCAGCUCAAGCCAAGACUGCUCAGUCUGUUAGUAAAAAUUUGUUCGAGCAGUUUAAGCCUCCGGUUGAUUCGUGGGAAUGCAAGGAUUGCUACACGCGUAACAAUGCGGGUGCAACAUCGUGCGUUGCCUGUCAGGCCGCCGCACCAGGGCAAGCAAAGACUCCUCAACCCACUAGUAAGAAUUUGUUUGAGCAGUUUAAACCUCCGGUCGGCUCGUGGGAAUGUAAGGAUUGCUACACGCGUAACAAUGCGGGCGCCACAUCGUGCGUAGCCUGUCAGGCCACGGCACCAGGUGUUACUCCGAGUCAACCAGCUGCUGUUGCACCCAGCAUUAGCGCGUGGAAUUGCAAAAAGUGUAAAAUCGUCAACGCCAUGUCGGCUCAGUACUGUGUGACCUGCGAUGAACCCAGAGAUCCGUCCAUGCCACCUAAACCCAAAACAAUCGGUGGUUUCAGUAUAAACGCUUUAAAAUCCGAUACUAAGUCUACUUUCACCUUUGGAAUACCACCGGCCAACCAACAGCCAGCAACGGCGGCAACGACCGUUACCAAUAAGGACACGCCCUCGAGCUUCAAUUUCAGUUUUACCAAGUCUCAAAGCGAAAAAGCAGCGUCCUCGCCUAUCCCCAUCUUUGGUGCCAAUAAGACGGCUACUAGCAAUGCUGGUUUCUCGCACGACUCCCAGCCACCUACGACUCCGCCUGCCAGUGCAGGUCACGUGGAUAAUACAAUGAAAUUCGGUUCGCCCGGCAAAUCGUUUGACUUCCAAUUCCAAGCCAAGUCCCCACAGUCUCCUGAUCGGCAUGAAACUAGCGAAGACGAGCAGGUUGUUGAAUCCGAAGAUAUUUACUUUGCACCUGUUAUUCCUUUACCCGAUAAAAUCGAAGUAAAGACUGGCGAGGAGGACGAGGAUGUUCUGUAUAGUCACAGAGCCAAGCUUUUCAAGUUCGAUACAAAUACGAAGGAGUGGAAAGAAAGGGGAUUAGGUGAAAUAAAAGUACUCCGACAUGUCCAGACCAAAAAGCUCAGGCUUAUUAUGAGAAGGGAUCAGGUGUUAAAGCUCUGUUUGAAUCAUGCUUUGUCAUCCGCGAUUGAAAUCACGUCCAAAGACAACAAAACGUGGAUUUGGUCAGCCGGAGAUUACAGCGAAGGUGCGGUUGAGUACAUUCAAUUCGCCUGUCGUUUCAAAACUCCCGAGAUAGCCCGUCAGUUCAAAAAAGCCGUCGACGACGCUUGCAAAGCCGUUUCCAUUAGUCCACCCAAAACCACCGUGGCCAUCGCCCAAAAAGCAGAUUUGACCAAAAAAGAAUCUUCGCAAGACGUUGAGAUUGUCUACGAGACAACUGUCACGGCGGAAGAAAAAGCAGCAGCUCUCAAACUCCGGUUACCAGAGAACUUCUAUGCUUACAAAUACAAGGAUGACUGUCGUGGUUGUCUAGGCUGCCGCGAACCGGAAGAACCACUCCUAAAGCCCGUUGAGUCGAAACCGACUCCCGGUGCUCCAGUUUUUGGAGCAGAAACUCCCGCUAGUGGUUCGCCGUUUGCCUUCAACGCCAACGCCUUUAGCCAGUCACCGGCUACUAACGCGCAAACAGCAGCCAAGCCGAUUUUCGGUGCGCCGAUCACAAAUAUAUUCGGAGGCGUUAAAAACGACGAUGGGAAUGCAGCAAAACAAACGAGCCUCGUAUUCGGACAGACACCGAGCAAGCCCGACUCCUCGCAAGACACUGGUUUGGAGAAUCUGAAGAUCUGCAGCCCGACAACAAAGCAGCAAACAUCCACGACGUCAACUGCAGCAACGACUUCAGCCUCGAGCAUUUUCGGUGGCUUUGUUACGCAACCUGCAGCAACGGCGACCUCCGGAUCCACAAACAUCUUUGGUAACUUUAGCUCCCCAUCGAUUAACAUGUUUGGUGGUACCCCUACGAAGACGACAUCAGCAACACCAGCGUUCACCUUUUCGGCGCCCAAUGCUACGGCUGCCUCGAACACAACGACCAACAACAUUUUCAGCACAAACAAAUCAUCUCCGUUUUCUGCCGGUACCAAUACGUUUGGCACUACAAACAUGUUUGGCGGCAGUCCCGCAUCAACGACCAACAGCGUUUCAUUGUUUGGUGGUAGUCCUGCAUCAACUACCAGCAGCAGUUCGUUGUUCGGUGGCAGCGUGACGACAACGACGACGUCGAAGCCGAUGUUCGGAACUAUUGGGCCAAUGUUCGGCUCUACUGCACCAGCCAUAACGACAGCAACCAGCUCGGUAUUUGGUACUAGUUCGGGAAUUGCCUCUACCGCUCCAACUUUCGGUGCAUCAGCUGGAAACUCGAUUUUCGGCGGCAUCACCGCCAGUACGACAUCGGCGACGCCGGUAUUUGGCACUGCCACGUCUACUACAUCGUUGACAUCAGUAUUCGGCGUCGCGACAACAACCACGUCGGCCACUCCGGUAUUUGGUGCUACUGCCAUAACAAAAUCGGCCACCCCAGUAUUCGGUGCUACUUCUACAACCACGUCUUCAUCGUCCUUUGGAACAAACACCGCGACGACGACAGGAACGCUAUUCAGUGGAAGCAGCCCGCUCUUCGGCGGGCAGACGAGCAUCAAGCCGUUGUUCACAGCUCCUCAAGCUGAUGCCAAGCCAGCGACGGGUAUCAGUGGAACGUCGAUGAGUUUAUCGUCAAUGCCGAUAUUUGGAGCUCAGAAAGGAUCGGUCGAAGGAAGCUUCACGAACGCCAGCAACGCGCCAGCUGAUGACAAGAGCAAGACGAAGGAUGCUGGCGGCGUAAGCUUCCUUCCGACCGAAAAUUCGCUCACCUUUUCGGCUCUCGCUGCUCAAACGACGCCGGACCAGAAGCCUGCCUUCCAAACAGAUCCGAGCUUCCAAUUCGCUGGAGCUGGUGCAUCAGUUUUCGGAGCCAAGUCCAAGCAGACCGAUGCAAAAAAAUCCGCGGCUAAAUCUAAGAAAGACAAGGAUAAAAAGAACGAUGACGAUGAGGAUGAUGAAGAUGACGGAGAUGAGAAUGGGGAUGAGCAUGAUCCUUACUUCGAGCCCAUAGUUCCUUUACCGGAUGCUAUUGAAGUUCGUACGGGCGAGGAAGACGAAGAAAAACUGUUCUGUCAACGCGCCAAGCUCUACAGAUAUGACCAAAACACCAAGGAAUGGAAAGAACGUGGCACAGGUGAAAUGAAGCUUCUCCAUAACGUGCAGCACGGCACUUACCGUCUCCUGUUACGACGCGAGCAGGUCUUCAAGGUUGUGUGCAACGUAAGGCUGACCGCAGAUCUCGAGUUUCAUAAAAUGUCCACGUCAAAUAGCGCGUGGGUUUGGGCUGCCAUGAACUACGCCGAGCCUGAUAACGCAGAGGUCGAGAAGCUCGCGGUCAGGUUCAAAUCGACCGAGCUUGCUGAGGAGUUCUACGAGGCGGUCAGCACUGCUCAGCGUUCACUCACAGAACUACAGAACGAAGCAACUGCAAACGCAUCAGCAGUAAGUCAGGAGUACGAGGACGAGGUGUACGAUGAAGACGAGUACUACGGUCGUGGUGAUUACGAUGAGGACGAGGAGGGCGGGGAAGACGAGGACGACGAAGACGCCCACGUGGAAAUGUUUGAGAAGCGAGCGACCAUUUACGUAAAGAACGAGGGCGAAAACGACUGGGAUGAACGCGUGAUGGGCAAUCUUAGGGUCAUCUACGAUUCGGAUCUCUUUGGCGUGAGGAUACUCUUCAUGGACGACAACACCGAACUUCGCAGCGAUACCGUUAUCUGCAUGAAUACUCAAAUGGAGUGUGCUGAUAAGGAAUGUUUAUGGUCAGCCACUGAUUAUGCCACUUCGCCACCUGUAAGACGUACUUUAAAAGCUGUGUUUUCGUCGACACAAACGUCUCAUGAGAUGUAUAAAACAUACUUAGAAGGAAAAGAUUGUGCCACAAAAGCAGACAUACGAGAGUGAAACGUUUGUGUGCGUUAUUCAAAAUUAAGAACAUUUCUAAAGUGUAAUUCUUAAAUUUUUUGGAAAAAAAAAUUUUUUGAAACAACUAGUGUAUAAAGAAGAUUAAUAACUUAUGCAUUUUUACAUCGAAACUACAUUACAUCAAACAAUAAGAUUUUUUAAGAAGAGAAGAUAGAAAUAAAUCAUCGAUGGUUUUGGACUUGUUUGUUCCAUCUGCACCUGUUCUGUAGUUAUUAUUUUUCUUUACUUGUGUAACUGCAGCCCUUGUAAAUGAAAGUAAGGAAGAGCAAUAGUGCGAGAAACAUUUUUAAAAGAGUGAUUUUAUUUUUCUUUUUUAAGUGGACUCGUAUCUUUAAUAAACUGUGAAUCCUACGACAAAUAAUUACGUGCAAACAUUCGUACAAUCAGUGUAGUUUAAACAAUGAGAACAGCCAUUCUGUUUAGCGUCCAUUGGCUCGUGAUAAUAAUGAUGAUUCUUUAUUUUUUGUAUUUUAAAAAAAAAAAAUUUUAUUUAUCUUAGUAUUAAAGAAAUGACUCCAACAAAGUACUUUAAUUUGUAAAACAUUUUUAGCGUUGAAAUCAACUUAUACUUUGAUUGAAUGAUUAAAUAAAAGAAAAAAUGAUUCCUAAGUUAUACAAA